AUGGAAGAGCACAACAAACAUUCUGCGCAAGAUUCUGCAAAUCUAUCAAAAUUUGAUGUCUCGGAGAACAAAAAGCUAUCAGAUUCGUUUAAGUCAUACCACAAGCGUGAUCAAAAGAAUGAAACUUCCUUCUCCGAUGCAGAUGGAGAAAUAGGAGAUAAUUCAGUUUCACUUGAAUAUGUGCAAGAAGAUACAAUAGAAGGGUCUCGGCACGAGGAUAAGCAAAAAGCUUUAAAGUUUGUCUCGGUCAGUAAUGAUCAGGCAGAGAUACCAACGAAUAUCUCUCCAAGUGAUACAUCUGAUAAUAAUAUUUUAAAAAAAGAUUUGGAAGUCAAACCUUUAAAAGUGCUAGAAUGUAAAUCUUAUACUACAUUACCCCACAAAGAUCAGGUACUAGAUUUAGUAAUUAAAAAAGAAGAUGGUUUAACAAAUUUAAGAGAACAAUCUGUGGGAGCCUCGGAUACUGAACAAGACUGUAAGCGAUCUAGUGUCUCAAGUACGGGAAAACAACUGAAUGAGAUCAACUGCAAUGAUGAUCUUAAAAUCUCAGAUAAUUCAGCAAAACACCUUUCAUUGAAGAAAUCUUCAGAUAGAAUUCAGGAUCAAAUAAACGCCAAUUCUAAAAGUGAUCCCUCGCCUAGUAUUCAAGAUUAUUAUGGCGAUAACCUAUCGCUCAUGUUUGAAACAAGAGCAGUUAACCAAGAUCAAGCUCAAAGAGAGAUGAAUGAUGAACAAACUUCAAACUCUAACAUUUACGAUCAAAUUAUCACCGAUAAAAUCAAUACAAAUAUUGUUGAGAAGUCGUUGGGAAGUAGCAAGAUUCAUAACAAUGUUGAAAAUUUACAAGUGGAUUCCAAAAAUCUGGCACCGGGUGAAAAACUCUAUGAAACAGUAGAGCUACAAGAAAAUACGCUAUGCCAAGAUACAAAUAGCCAGUUGUCUCUUAGUCGAAAAUACGAUCAAUCGAGGCUUAAUUCCGAUGCGGAAACCCCUAGAAUCAAACCAAGGAAUACAAUUAAAGGGAACAAAGCAGCAAGACCUGAAAGAUCACGUUCCAAAAAUUUAUCCUCAAAUAAUCAACAUAUCAAUGAUUCUGAGGUAACAAGCGCCUCUACAGUGCCUGAGAAAAAACGUUUUGAGGAAUCCUCAUCUAAGAAAUUCGGUACAAAAACUUCAACACCUCUGGACAACAGCAACGAAGAUAAUAUGGCACUGCUCUUGAAGUUUUCUAUAGAAGAAGAUGUUGGAAAAAAGUUUUCAGACAUGACUACAUCUAGCAAGGCUAAUUUUCCUGUCAACCCUGUCACAAAAGAAUCGUCAGUUAAUAAAGAGAAGGAAGACGAGUCUUUGGUGAUGUCAAAUCAAUUGGCCACUUACCAAGAUAAAUAUCCGCAGACUAACCUCAGUAGCAUUGGAAACUCUGAGAAAAUCUCACAAUCUAUUAGGAAUAUUGCACCCAACCAAAAUCUUUUAAUAAAAGAUAAAAAUAUAAUGCAGGUUAACGAUACUAUAAGUACCUCUAUGGACUCAAGUGGUAGCCUUCCUAAAACGAAGGAGACUAUCAUAAAAAAAGAAACCCCCGAAGCGUUAAAAAGAGAUAGUGAAGAGAAAAAUGGUAAUCGACCUAUUUCCAAGAAAAAAGCUAGAAAGGGUAAGCGAAAUCAAAAAAACGGUAUUUCGACCCCAGUUGAUGAAAUCAAAUAUUCUUCACCUUUGGCUGACCCCAGUCAGUCUUCGGAGUGUAAUCCCACCGCAGGAAGUAAAGACCUGGUAGAAUGCAAUGUUGAGUUCGGUAAUCCUGCACAAGAUCUAACGUGGGGGCAGUUCCUCCAGGUCAGAAAAAAUCCGACAAAAGAUGCAGAAAAUCAGAAAGUAGUUUCAAUAAAGGGGAAUAAUGAAAUAUUUGAUCAAGUUGCAAAGUCCAUAGGAACAAUUCCUGAUCAAUAUACUUGCAUAAAACAUCAAGGAAGUGUUAUUGGUAGAUGGGGGCCUCAGGAGUUGGAUGAAAUUAUGUCAAAAAUCAAAAAUAAAAAUAAAGAACAAUUCUAUACUAGUAUCCCAAAUACAACAGAUAUUACAGUUGAAUAUGAGGCCGAUUUACUCAAUAUUGAAGAACCCAAAGCUUUGAAACUUGUAGCUCUUCGUUGUGUGAAAAAUCAGAUUGAGAUCGACAUCAGCCAGAUUGAGACAUUCUUUUCGUUCAGUUCUAUAAAGUCAGCUUCCGGUUUAGAUGUUAGAAAAAAAUUCUUAAGGCUAUUUCAACCCUCGUUUACAACAUUACUGGCCCCAGAACAAGUAAGUAAAGAGUUCUCAAUAAUUAAAUUCGAAAUAGACGAUAAAGGUAAAGAGGAACCUCGUAUCAGUCAAUAUAAUGGAAUUUCUACUAUUUCUCCGGAUAAAUUUCUUAUCGUGGACAAAGUCAUUGCAAAUGGUAUUGAAUCAUUGGAUAUUAAUUACAAAAUUCCUGGCCUAAAUUAUCUAAGCAUUGAUCGAUAUUUGCAAUCAGAAAGAUUGGAAAUUCCUUGGAAAAAAUUUUACACUGAAGCUUCAAGACACUAUAAUGGCAGACUUGAUUUGCUCAAUAACUUGCGCAUAAGUUCAACAACUGAAAAAUACAUGAUGUUUCAAUUUACAACUGAUUUAAAAUUUGAUCUUAACUUUAAUACUAUUAGGUCAAUCUCAAAUUCUUCCAUUGGUAAAUAUUUGUACAACAUAUGUGGGGCUAUAUUUGAGACCAAUCUUGGUGAUAAGACAUCGCAUAAGUCUUCAAGCCUAGAUGAUUCUAUGCAAAAAUGUAAAAUUUCACUAUUUUCGAGUGAUGGACGGAGUGCUGGAUCAUUGUGGUCCUUUGAAAUCAGAAUAUUUUCUGGUAUCUCUUCCUCUAACAUGAUGCAAAUUAGCGAAGUACAAAUCAACCAAGUUUUGAAUAGAAGCUCUUUAGAUUUGAAAAGCAGACUUGCAGUCAUUCUUCCCGCCAAUCAAGAGAUUCUUCUUAAAGAUGGGGAGAAAAUUCAAGAUUUCAAUCCAAAAUUACCAUUAAAUGCAACCAAUCUUGAAUAUACAUCCCUAUUGAAUAGAAACGUCUCAACAAUGCCAGAAAAAGUAGAAAAAAAUAAAUAUGGCGUGAAUAGUCUUGAAAUCUUGUCUUUCUGUCAAGGAAACAAGAUAAGGAUCAUGGAAGAAUCUUACAUCAGUGGUCAACUUGAACUGCACAGUUUCUGGAAAGCUAUACCUAUAAGUUUAAUGAAAUCUCUCACAAUCUAUUGGAGUAAUUCAUCAGAUUUCCAGUCACAGUUUCCAUGUAAUAAUUCUGAGUCAAAAUUUCAGAAAUUGACUAAAAAUGCAUCUAUUACCCCGUUUAAUUCAUCGAUAAUAAAUAGCGGAAUGUCUCUCCCUUCGACAAAAUUGCCCGAAACACAUAUAAAUAAUACCGAAAUAUCUGAAUUAAAUAAAUGUUACAAAAUUACCCAAAUACCUGCUAGAAUAAAUGAAAUAUCUAAAAUUAGAUCACUGGACACAUUAGCUAUAAUCGAAACUCCCAUGAAUUAUUCAGACAAAUAUAAAUUUGGGCCUUACAUGCAGAAAUCCUGUAAUGAAACUGAAUUUUAUAUCGAGUCUUGUCAACUAUUCGAAAGUCUAUUGGAAAGCCAUCAGGGAUAUCAUAGUGAUGGCGAGGAUCAGUCUCAAAAACCAUUAUCUUUGAAAACUUCGCUUCGAAUGCCAACAUCUGUUGAGAAAGGUAAAACUUUGUCAGAUGAUAUGGAGGAAACUCAGAAAUCUAUCACAACUAGCAUAUCAAAAUCACAUACAGAAAGUCAAUCUAGCUCGCACAAAAUAGCUCCACACACAAUACAUUCUCUAUCAAUUGGAAAAAUUGAAAAUUUCUCGGAUCCAGGUUACUCAUCGUUACAUAGGGCUGAAGACAAAUAUGCCAAUAUUCGACAUACGCCAAGUCUUCAGGGUAGCAUGAUAGUGAGAAGAUUGGAUAAGGAUCUACCGGGCUCUCGUAUUCAGAGAUCUGAUGGUAAAAUUGAGUCACCUAAAUUUAUAGAAUCUGACUCUUCAGAGUACCCACAAAUACGAAAAUCGAAAAGAAAAACAUAUGCUGAGCUUACUACAUUUCAGCCUAAGGCUCACAAUAUAGUUGCGGGGACUCGAAAUUUAGUGGCUGGUACAGUGUUGGAGAGAACAGCGCUACAAGGCUGUGCCAUUACGAGGAAGCUCAAUGUUGAUCAAUUAACAUCUAUCCAAACUCAAAGAUCCAUCUCAGAAGUCAGUAGAUCAUCUAACUGUGAGCCUGCUAGUUUCGCAUCCACAAGACAUAUUAGCACCUGCACUUCAUUCCGUGGUAGUGAAGCACAAACUAGCAGGGAUCUACGAUCGCUUAGUCAACCGACCAGCAAGCUCAAAUUAACUCAUCAGCCAUCUCCAUCGCACAUCGCGAAUCCUCAGGCUAAUGAGGGCCGUGUCCGGGUCAAGGACAUGGCAGAUGUCUUUGAUGGUGUUGGCGAAGGCCGCUUGAGUUCACCGCGGUCUCCCACACGACCUCCUAGCAUGCGCCGCCGGCAAAGUAUGAAAGUUCUUGAUCUCGAGUGUAAGAUUGAACAACUAGUUGAACAGAACCGUGCACUAGUCGAAAAAGUAGAAUUAGCUGAAAAAACUGCAAAACAAUAUACCCAAAAAGCCGUCCAUGAGAAGGUGGUCGAAAUAGAAUCUCUCACGCAUGCUAUUGACUGGUUCAAAAAAGAGGUUUCUAGGCUGAAAGAACUAAAUGAAGGUCUCAAAUCAGCAGGCUCAAAAAUUGCGCGUCAACAGAACGAUCGUGUUGAGUCGCUCGAGACUGAUAAUGUACAUUCCGGACAAGAAAAUCAACUGAAACGUGAUUCCCAUCGUAGGAUUUCCACAAAAGAUGAGAUAGCGUUACAGACAGCUAUUUCAGACAAAAAUAAAGAGAUUGCGAUUCUUUGCGCCGAGCUCGAUAGGGCAAAACAAAAAAUUCGAGAUUUACAGAAGCAGAUAUUAGUAUCAAAAACAAAUAAUACCGAAUUUUUUGUCGUGAGAGACGAGGAUUACUUUGAUAGAGCAUGCCAGCAACUAUGCCAGCACGUACAGCAAUGGGUAUUGCGAUUCUCUAAAUUCUCCGACAUGAAAGCCUGUAGGCUCACUGAUAAGAUUAACAAUGAUAAAACUGUGAAUCGGCUUCAGAGCGCAAUUCUGGAUGGCUCCGACGUAGAUUUAUAUCUAUCCGAUAGAAUCAAGCGUCGUGAUAUAUUUAUGUCAAUAGUUAUGACCAUGAUAUGGGAAUUCAUUUUUACGCGAUACCUGUUCGGUAUGGAUCGAGAACAGAGGCAAAAGCUCAAGACCCUAGAAAAGAUUCUCUCUGAAGUAGGACCCGCAUCGGCCGUGCACUUAUGGCGUGUAACUACCUUGACACUUCUUUCAAGGCGUUCAGCCUUUGCUCAACAACGAGUUCUAGAUACACAAGCUGUUGUACAUACCAUCAUCGAAACUCUAUCAGAAAUACUACCGCCACCAAGUAGCCUUGAAGAAAAGGUAAGAGAACAGUUGACUAGAGUCAUCAACGAAGCUGCGAACCUAUCUGUUGAAAUGCGUUGUCAAAAAUCCGAAUAUAUGAUGCUCCCGCCUCUUCAGCCGGAACGCGAGCCGAAUGGCAAUGUGACAAGGAAAGUUUAUUUCAAUGCAAGACUAAUGAAUGAGCGGAGUGGUGAAACACUUUCCAACAAGGAAUUAGAGGACAAAAAAUCUAUCGUACGUAUUGUAUUAUUUCCACUGGUUGUUAAAAAGGGUGAUUCUCGUGGGGAGGGCGAAGAAGAAACUGUUGUCUGUCCUGCACAAGUAUUAGUUGCUAGACCAAAAAAGACGGUGCAUUAUAGUGACGAAGUCCAUUCGAGAGUUAGCACCAAGAGCAGCUUUCCUAUGACAGAAGUAGGUAGUGUGGUUUAA